CGGGGACAAUGAUCGAGGUUUAGGAAAAAAAAAGUAGCAUGAGGUACCAGACGAACUCCGGCGAAAAGCUCUGGGAUGCCAAGCAUGAGAGUCUGAGCGUUGAAAUUGAGCGAGUUAAGAAAGAAAACGACAACAUGCAUAUUGAACUAAGGCAUCUUAAGGGUGAGGAUCUCAACUCCCUUUACCCAAAGGAAUUGAUUCCUAUUAAGGAGGCACUCCAGAUUGGGCUCACCAGCGUAAGGGAAAAGCAAGUGAGAAAUUUGUUUAAUGGUAUUUGCUUGUCAUUUCAAUUGAGAUUACCUUUGUGCUGUUGAAUUGAUUCUCAUUUCUUGC